AUGAAACUCAUCUUUGUGUCUCUCUUUUCGCUGGGUCUCGCUGUCACAACGCCUCCGGAACCUGUCAUCCUCAACCCGAUUCCCGACAAGGCCCAUUCAGGGUGCUACCACUACACAAUCUCAAAGAAAGAUCACUGCUGUCUUCCUCAUGUCUGCGCCUGCAAAGAUGGCAACUUCUACCUCUUCAACGACGAAUCAUGGAAAAAGACAUCCAACGGAUGUAAUCCUCCGUGGGGGAUUCUAGGAAAGUCACUGGAAGAUAUCCCAGGGUACUGCUGCAAGAGGUGGAAAGCACCCAAGCCCAAGCUCAACUGGUAG